UGUGUGUGUGUGUGUGUGUGUGUGUGUGUGUGUGUGUGUGUGUGUGUGUGUGUGUGUGUGUGUGAAGCAGAUACACCUUGUAAAGGCCUAGUUGUGUUAAUAAUCAGAGCUUGAUGCAGUCUCCACAGUCCCACAGUAUUUAGCCAGUCCAGCUUCCAGGCCCGCGGCUCUUAAUCUCGCGCUGUCUAUUUGGCAGUUUGAUUGUGUCCUCGCGCAGCGGGGGGGCGGGAGGGGACAAUCCAGCCUCCCUCUCCUGCCUGCGCCCACAGACAGGCGCACACACGUGCGCCCGCACUCACUAGAUAACGAGCGGAGCUCGAGCAGAGGAAUCCCAGACGGAAGAGUCCAGGGAGCGGCGCGUGGAGCAACCUCUGUUCCUCGCGCCGGAGCGGGGGGCUCGCGGAGGCCAUGGAGCACAUAGGAAUACUGGGUGCGCAUCUGCAGCAACACGCGCACCUGGAGCCCAUCAGCUUCGGCAUCGAUCAGAUCCUCAGCAACGUGGAGCAGAGCUGCAUGCUGGGCGCCAGGAUGCACGAGCCGGACUACGGACACGCGGCCUACAACGGCGGCGCGAGCAGCGGGGUGAACGGCGGCUUCACGUGCGGGAACACCGGAUAUAACGGCACCACCGGCUCGUGCGGAGCGGCUUCCCUAGGCGGAGCCUAUCACAUGAACAUGGGCGUGAAUGCUAACGGGCCCAACGUGAACGCCGCCGGGGUCAUCCGUGUCCCCGCGCACCGGCCUCUGAGCUCCGCCAACGCCUCUGUGCCGCCGAUGAGCGGGACCAUCAACAACCUGACGGCGCUGACGUUCCCCUGGAUGGAGAGCAACCGACGCUACACCAAAGACAGGUUCACAGUGUCCCUCUCACCCCUGACUGUAACACGUCGUGUAGGUCACCCCUACCAGAACCGGACGCCUCCGAAGAAGAAGAAGCCCCGGACGUCCUUCACGCGGCUGCAGAUCUGUGAGCUGGAGAAACGCUUCCACCGUCAGAAGUACCUGGCGUCCGCCGAGCGCGCCGCCCUGGCCAAAGCCCUGAAGAUGACCGACGCUCAGGUCAAAACCUGGUUCCAAAACAGACGCACCAAAUGGAGGCGGCAGACGGCGGAGGAGCGGGAGGCGGAGCGGCAGCAGGCCAACCGGAUCCUCAUGCAGCUGCAGCAGGAGGCCUUCCAGAAGACCGUGAACCAGCCGGCUACCCCGGACCCGCUGUGCCUGCAGAACAGCUCUCUGUUCGCCCUGCAGAACCUGCAGCCCUGGACCGAGAACACCGCCAAGAUCAGCAGCGUGUCGGCCUGCGAGUAGAGCCAACACACGGCCUCCAGCUGCAGACCCACCCGGACAGACUCUGGUGCUGCAGCCUCAGACGGGGUACCUCAGCACUACUCCCAUAUAAUGGGGGUCCACGGUCUGAUCUGCAGGCUAUCCUUCAGAGUCCUGGACUGAAUCCCUGCUUCAGCCCUGCAGACACCAGACUGACAUUUUGGAGAUAUUUUUCGGAGGCAUCAGGAUGAACAGUGUGCUCCAUAAAACUGCAGAAAGCCCGACAGAGGACCGGGGCAGGCAUCAGUGAGUUGUUGUGUUAUAGUUUACCUAUAAAGGACUUGGUGUUUCAUAAACAGCAUAUUUUCAUAUUUGAUGUCUGACAAAAAAAGACAUGUGAACAUCUCUGCCAUCA